AUGGACCACUCAAGUUUCACAACAUGCGCUCACGAAGCGCGGCCAGGACUUUCGGUCAAGCACUGCUGCAGUACUCUCACGACUGUCGUUGCGGUGGCUCGUCAGGCAAAGGGGGCCGGUGCCGCGGAUGGCUGCCUCAGAGUUGCAUACCCGAAGAACGCACUGCGCACCUCGAAAGGUCACAUAUCCUGCGAUGCCGUCAGCCUCUCCGGGGUACACGGCGGCGUUUUCAGGUCCACAGACUCAGAUGACCUCUGGGUGGAUGGCGGGAUAGAAGCACAGGUCGCAAGCCUCAUCAGCCUCAGCACAUACCUGCCGCUUCGCGUCCGGCUCGCUGAGCAUCCCGACGAUAUCGUCGAGAUGGUCGACCAAAUCACGGAUGCGUUGCAUUCCCUGCGCUACGAUGCGUUCAUGUUGCACUGUGACGUUAGCAACACGAACAUCAUGUGGGAAGAGACGGCCAACGGGCAGGGGCACUUCGUUCUCCACGGGUUUGACCUUGCAGUCCCCUUGAACCCGGAUGGCACUCCGGCCAUGGAAGCGACGGCGAAGCAUCGAACUGGCACAUUGCCGUUCAUGUCUGUCUUUCUUCUCGAAGACAUGUGGCGAAACCCCGACUCCCCCGGAGUCAUGCAUGAACUCCAUCACGACUACGAGUCGCUCUUUUGGGUUGCCACAUGGUGCACGAUGAAGACGGAGCACGACAUCGCGCCCAAGCUGAAGGAGCAGGUCGAAACUGUCGUCACGAAAUGGGAGACCGACAGCUACCAAGCGAUCGCGUGGAACAAGGAGGACGUGCUCUUUGGGUUUCGGCUGAAGGACCUGCCGAUGACUCCGCGUUUUGAGCGUCUGAGACCGGUCCUCAGGGUAUUCCGCAAAGUGUUCAAAGAGGCAAAUGAAGCCAUCGUCGACGACGACUUUGGACGCAGCCGCGCAGAGAUACUACGAGAGUGGAUCACACGUUCGAAGAUCAAGGACAUUAUGGGGAAGGCGAAGGUGAAGGCUUCGGUAGGUAUUGCAGGGUAG